AUUGGUAGCGAGGGCGGCGACUGGUAUGGCCGUAUGGCGGCAGCCCACUCCGAGACUGUAACGGUGCUCUUCUAGUUCUAGGGGAAAGUUUAUGUCCAAAGCCCCGUUUGCAUAUCUACGAAACAGAAGAGAGAAGAGGGCUCCGUCGACGGUGAAAGGAUUCGGAAAAUGGAGAGCGAGGAUCUUGGUGGCGAAACCCGAUUGGUCCGCCUCUGCAUCGAAGCUGCCUCGCAGAGCAGAGACGCCGUUGAGAAAUGGCGAAGACAGCGACGAACUCUCCAACGCAUGCCCUCUCAUCUCGCGGAAGCUCUCCUCCAUCGCCUCAUUCGCCGCCGAAUUCUUAAUCCGUCGCUUCUCGAGGUUUUCAAAUUUAGUGUAGAGAAGAUUGAUUUAAGAGGAGAGAGUUCUGUUGAUGCGGAAUGGAUGGCAUACAUAGGAGGAUUUUGCUGCUUGUGCUCAUUGAAUAUUGCAGAUUGCCAAAGGAUCACUAAUUCUGCUUUGUGGCCUAUUAUAGGGAUGCCGAAUUUAAAGGAGCUGGACCUUUCCAGAUGUAUAAAAUUCAAUGAUUCUGGACUUAGGCAUCUCAUAUCCAUCCGGACUUUGCAGAAGUUAUGCAUUUCAGAAACAGGUGUAACUGCAGAUGGGAUUAAUCUUGUUUCUUCACUUACAAACUUGUCAGUAUUGGAUUUGGGAGGUUUACCAGUCACUGAUUUGGUACUAAGUUCUCUCCAGGUCCUGACAAAACUACAAUACCUUGAUCUUUGGGGAAGUAAGAUAUCUAACAAAGGGGCUGCUGAUCUUGUGGUGUUCCCCAAGUUGAGCUUCCUGAAUAUAGCCUGGACUGAUGUUACAACGUUGCCGGAUUUACCAUCUAUUGCAUGCCUAAACAUGAGCAACUGCACCAUUCAUUCUAUGUUUGAAGGCCAGGGUGAUAAAGCUCUUCUAGAAAUGCUUACUGUCUCUGGAGCUACAUUUUUAAAUGUGUCUGAAGCCUUUUUGUUUAUCGAAACAAGUUUCCUAUCUUUCUUGGAUGUAUCCAGGUCUUCUCUUAACAGUUUCUGCUUUUUAUCUUGUAUGAAAGCACUGGAACAUUUGGAUCUCAGCUUUACCAUGAUGGGUGAUGAUUCAAUUCAGUUGAUUGCAUGUAUAGGAGCAAAUUUGAGAAAUCUGAAUCUCAGCAACACAAGAGUUAGCUCUGCUGGAGUGAGCAUUUUAGCUGGUCGUGUUCCAAAUCUUGAAACUAUAUCGUUAUCUCACACACCAGUUGAUGAUGUCGCCAUCUCAUAUAUCGGCAUGAUGUCUUCAGUGAAGAUUAUUAACUUGAGUAAUACAAAUGUUAAAGGUUUGAUUUGGAGCGACUCUGAGCUAGUUUGGGAGCUCUCACUGGCAGCCCUGCAUAGUCUCAAUUACGUGAAACGGUUGGAUUUGGACGGCACCCAAGUUGAGGAUGAGGCUUUAUGCCCUCUGUUAAGGUUCCAACAAUUGAACGAAUUAUCUCUCAAAGGUACUCGCCUUACAGACUUGUCCCUAUACCAGUUGUCUUCUCUUCCGAACUUGAUAAAUCUGAGUAUCGGUGACACCGUGUUGACAAAUGGUGGACUCAAUUCAUUCAAACCACCUGCAACACUAAAAUUGCUGGACUUAAGAGGCUGUUGGCUCUUAACCGAGGAUGCUAUAUUGUCAUUCCAUAAGAAUCAUCCUCAGAUUGAAGUAAGGCAUGAACUUGUGCAUAUCACUCCGUCAGACCAAAAUGCCUCUAGCCGAUCAUCUCCAUCACAAAAAGGUAAGAAGCAACAGAAGUUACCCAAAUCUCAGAGUAGGUCCAAGGAGGAAACCGUCAUAGAUCAAAGAUGGAAGUAUAGCAGAGAGGAACUGCUUGCAAUGGAGCAUUCGACCUUGGCCCUCAAUUUUCCUUAUAAGAUGCAUUUGGGUUAACUCCAGGAAACUGUCUGCCGCUGUUGAGGUGCAGGUAUCUUCCUGUGUUCGUGUUUAAUAUAUUUUCCUUUUUCUGGUUACUACAAGGAUCUGUUCAUCUGAUGAAUACAAGACUAUCAAUUCUGUUAGUUAAGGUUUCAGAAUUUGGAACUA